ACCACAACACUCCAAUAUCACUUCCAUUCCCUCUCUCUCUCUCUCUCUCUCUCCUUAUUUUCAGACCAUCCCCCACACACCAAUGUCUCCAAGCCCAUAACCUUCUCAUUCAUUCUCUUCAGAUUCAUUCACACAUGCAUAAAAACAAACACAAGCACAUACAUAAACAGAAAACAAAACAAAACAAAGAAAGAGAGAGAAAAAAAAAUGUCAGUAUACGAUGCAGCAUUUGUGGACACAGAACUAUCAAAACCAACCUCAAUCUUCGGCCUGAGACUAUGGGUAGUCAUAGGAAUCUUAGUCGGUUCACUCAUCGUCUUAGCUCUCUUCAUGCUCUCUCUCUGCAUCACCUCUCGCCGCCACCGCCACCGCCACCGCCAACACACCAAACCCACUUCCACCGUUGACCCAACAACUCCACCAAUCUCCAAAGAAAUCCAGGAAAUCGUGGCCCACCCAGCUCCGCCAUCCGAGAUCCAAAUCGAGAUCGGGAAGGUGGACCACCGGGUCGUCGUGGUGUCGAGCGGCGAGACUGAAACGACGGCGUCUUCGUUGGGGAACAGUGGGAGCAUGGUGGGGCCCGAGGUUUCGCACUUGGGUUGGGGAAGAUGGUACACACUCAGAGAGCUUGAGGCUGCAACCAAUGGGUUGCGUGAAGAGAACGUUAUUGGUGAAGGUGGCUAUGGGAUUGUGUAUUCUGGACUUUUGAAUGACGGUACUAGAGUUGCCGUUAAAAACCUCUUGAAUAACAGGGGUCAAGCUGAGAAGGAAUUUAAAGUGGAGGUGGAAGCAAUUGGGCGGGUGCGACACAAAAAUCUUGUAAGAUUACUUGGAUACUGUGCUGAGGGUGCAUACAGGAUGCUUGUGUACGAGUAUGUUGACAAUGGCAAUCUGGACCAAUGGCUUCAUGGGGAUGUUGGGGAAGUCAGCCCUCUAACAUGGGAGAUCCGUUUGAACAUUAUAUUAGGAACAGCAAAAGGAUUGGCCUAUCUUCACGAGGGUCUUGAACCAAAGGUUGUCCAUCGAGAUGUAAAAGCUAGCAACAUACUAAUCGAUCGCCAGUGGAACCCUAAGGUAUCUGAUUUUGGGCUUGCUAAGCUCUUGUGUUCCGAGAGGAGUUAUGUGACAACUCGCGUGAUGGGGACUUUUGGUUAUGUUGCACCCGAGUAUGCUUGCACGGGAAUGCUGAAUGAGAAGAGUGACGUUUACAGCUUUGGAAUACUUGUCAUGGAGAUAAUUUCUGGGAGAAGCCCUGUUGAUUAUAAUCGACCACAAGGAGAGGUACAUUUGGUAGAAUGGUUGAAAACCAUGGUUGGAAACCGAAAAUCUGAGGAAGUAGUUGAUCCCAAGCUGCCAGAGAUGCCUGCUUCAAAGGCACUUAAACGUGUUCUGCUAGUUGCUCUUCGAUGUGUUGAUCCCGAUGCAAAAAAGAGGCCAAAAAUUGGACAUGUGAUCCACAUGCUUGAAGCAGAUGACUUACUAUUUAGAGAAGAACGCAAGAUUGGGACAGAUUCUUCCCGUUCACAUCAUGAUUUUCAACCAGAGAAUAAUGCUGUUUCAAAAUUAGGCCAUAGACAACUUGUUGAAGGGACUUCUGAUGAAAGUGAAGGUGAUAGUGGUAGGAAGCAUCAUCAGCCAACUAGGUGGAGAUAACACCAUUUGAGGGUUGAGUAACAAUUAAAAGUUUAUCUUUUAGUUUUUGAAGCUUCUUUCUUUUCUUUUUAGUUCCCCAAAUUUUUUUAUCUGUGCCUUCAAUUCCAAGUUAACAAUAAUCUGCAUAUAUUUAAUGGGUGGUUUACAUA